AUGGUAAAAAUUAAUAUUAAAUCUUCAACAGAUAAUAAAUUUGAUGUUGAUGCAGAAUUAAAUAUAACUGUAGCCGAUUUUAAAAAGAUUAUUGCACAAAAAUCAAGUAUUCCAGCAGAUCAACAAAGAAUUAUUUAUUCUGGUAGAGUUUUAAAAGAUCAUCAAACUCUUGAAGAGUUAAAAAUUCAAGAGGGUCAUACAGUACAUUUAGUACGUGGUGGUAAUAGUGCUGCCCCACCUCCACCACAACAACAAGUACCAACACCAAAUAAUACACAACCACAAAGUAUUCCAGGUAUGCCACAACAUAUUAACGAAAUGAUGAACAAUCAAAUGUUUCAAGAUGCAAUAAACUCACCAAUGAUGGAUAGUUUCUUUGAAAAUCCAGAAAUCUUUAGACAGAUGAUAAUGGGAAAUCCAGAAAUGAGAGAAGUUCUUAACAACAAUCCAGAAAUGUCACAUAUUUUCAAUGACCCAAGACAACUUCGUCAAACUUUAGAAAUGAUGAGAAAUCCAGAAUUAAUGAGAGAAAUGAUGAGAAAUGCAGAUAGAGCUAUGAUUAAUAUUGAAAAUCAUCCAGAAGGUUUCAAUUUAUUACGUAGAAUGUAUACUAAUAUUCAAGAACCAUUAAUGAACGCCGCAAAUCAACAAGCAAUGUCUCACAAUCAAACAAACUCAAAUCCUGUUCAAGAAAAUACUGGUCCAAACCCAAACAAUAGUCCAUUACCAAAUCCAUGGUCAUCAUCACCAUCACCAUCAACAACAACAGAAAACAGCAACAAUAGCACAACAGGUACAAACAGAUCCCCAAAUCAACAGACCCCAUUCCCAAAUUUAUUUGGUGGUAAUAGAUCACCACAAUCAAACAAUGGUUCAACAGGAAAUACUAAUAGCAAUACAAAUAAUCCAUUUGGUAAUAUGUUUGGUGGUAUGGGUGGAAUGGGUGGAAUGGGUGGUAAUGGAUUCGGAGGACUCUCACCAGAAUUAAUGAGAAACAUGAUGAGUUCUCCUCAAGUACAAGAAAUGCUCAACAACCCAGCUAUGCUCGAACAAAUGAUAAAUAUGAACCCACAAAUGAGGGAAAUGAUGGAAAGUAACCCACAAAUGAGAGAUAUGUUUAGAAGUCCACAAUUUAUGAAUAUGCUUUCAAAUCCAGAUAAUCUUAACGCAAUGAUGCAAAUACAACAAGCUAUGCAAACUCUUCAAAAUAAUGGUGUUAGCCCAUUUGGUGGUGGUAUGGGUGGUAUGGGUGGUAUGGGUAAUAAUAGUGCUGGUGGUAUGGGUGGUAUGGGUGGAAUGGAUCCAUUCAGUAUGUUAAGUGGUAUGGGUGGUAUGGGUGGUUUUGGUGGCAUGGGUGGUAUGGGUGGUAUGGGUGGUAUGGGUAAUAAUAGUAGUACACAAAAUCAAGAACCACCUGAACAAAGAUAUAGCGUUCAACUUACUCAAUUAGAAGAAUUGGGCUUCACUGACAGAGCUGCAAAUAUUACCGCUUUAACCCAAACUAAUGGAAAUAUUAAUAUGGCCAUUGACCGUUUAUUAAGAUAA